ACGACCCUACCCUUAUCUCUAUCGCGCAAUUUGAGGCUUUUAGCAGCCUUCCGCCCCCUAGCCCUGCUUACAGUGGACCAGUUCUGGCGUUCUGAGGCAGGAAUUCCAGCACUUUGCCUGCCUGGGCGUUCUUCCCUGUACCGUACCAGCGGCGUUUUCCCUACCAUCUUUUUGCAGCCAGAAUCUCCUGAAGCCUCGGUCAUCUGCAUCGUCGCGCGGCGGUAAAGUGAAAACAGCGCCAAUUGAAGAUCUAUCGCCACUUACUGCACCCUCGGCAUCUUAAUCCGACCCAUUUCAUUCCACCCCUUGUUCUUUGUCAUAAUCCCCUUAGCGUCCGCGUCCGCCUUCUCCUCACGCCUCUGGUUCCAUGUUUUGCUCGCCACGACUGGCGGCACAGCGACCCUGUUUGCCGCUGCACCGCCUAUCUUCAGUGCAUGGGCCCGCCAAUCACGCAGUGCUAGUACCUUCUACAGUGCCCGCCGUUCGACGGUGUGCCACAGGCCAAGCAACAAUGGGUCAGCGUGCCCCGCCCCCUCCAUCUUCCCCUCGACAGUCUUUGCUCUCGCCUGCCACAACCUCCCCCUCUUCUCCUUCUAUCACCGCCAAAAUUUCUUCCCAACGAACUGCCCAGAUAGCUCGUCACCUCACGAGCUCUUCUGUGCAUCAAUCGACCCGGGGUCUAUCUACAAUGGCCUCCCAAUACACCACCCGCAAGGUGGCUGCUGCCAAUACCUUGGAGCACCGUGUCUACAUUGAGAAGGAUGGUGUCCCCGUCUCUCCUUUCCAUGACAUUCCUCUCUAUGCCAACCAGGAGCAGACUAUCCUGAACAUGGUUGUCGAGAUCCCCCGCUGGUCCAACGCCAAGCUUGAGAUCUCCAAGGAGGAGACUCUUAACCCCAUCAAGCAGGACACCAAGAAGGGAAAGCUCCGCUUCGUCCGCAACUGCUUCCCCCACAAGGGCUACCUUUGGAACUACGGUGCAUUCCCCCAGACAUGGGAGGACCCCAACGUCGCUCACCCCGAGACCAAGGCCAAGGGUGACAACGACCCUCUCGACGUUUGUGAAAUCGGUGAGCUCGUCGGUUACACUGGUCAAGUCAAGCAAGUCAAGGUCCUCGGUGUCAUGGCUCUCCUCGACGAGGACGAGACUGACUGGAAGGUCAUCGUCGUUGAUGUCAAUGACCCUCUUGCCCCCAAGCUCAACGAUGUUGAGGAUGUCGAGCGCCACUUGCCUGGCCUUCUCCGUGCCACAAACGAGUGGUUCCGCAUCUACAAGAUCCCUGACGGCAAGCCUGAGAACCAGUUCGCUUUCACUGGCGAGUGCAAGAACAAGGCCUACGCCAUGGACGUUGUCCGUGAAUGCUCUGAGGCUUGGGAACGUCUCAUCACCGGCAAGGUCCAGCCCGGUGGUAUUUCCACUACCAACGUUGCCGUCCAGCACUCUCCUUCUCGUGUCAGUGCUGAUCAGCUUCCCCCCCUGCCCGCCAACGAGGAGCUUCCUCCUGCCAAGAUUGACAGCUCCAUCGACAAGUGGUUUUUUAUCUCUGGUGCCUCUGCUUAA